CAAAACUUGAUUGCCUACCCUAUAUAGACAGCCUCUAUUUUCUUAUAUUUUCUUCCUGUUCAAUAUCAAAUACUGGCUGUCUGUAUACGGUUAGGUUGAUGCAUAACAAAAAAUGGAAUUCACUACGGAAACUGUCCAUAUGGCUUCAAUAGUAUUGUUUCUCGUUCUGUGUCAAGUUGGGAAAGGAGAUGGCUGCUCUGGGGUAUGCACGUGCUGUUUAAACGACAAAUUUGGCAUUGGGGUUGAAGUUGGAGUAAAGGGCUGGUAUAAUGUAUGCCUGGAUGGAUGCAAGGACGGGUACCAUCAAGCUCGUUGUAUGAAAACAUGUCCUCAAAACUGUCAGACUUGCAAGCAAGCUCAUGGUGAAUGCCUUACAUGUAAACCUGGAUUUUAUGGAAUUCAAAACGAUUUUUUGAAUAAUUGCAGUUACCCAAACUGCGCAUGUGGACGAACAGAUUGCGAUUUUUGCCUCGAUGGAUUUUACAAAAGAGAUCGGUUCUGCACUUUAGCCUGUUCAUAAGGUUGUUAUGGAGGUAAAUGCAAUAACGACGGGUCAUGCUUAAAUUGUAUAGCUAAUUUUGAAGGGGAUAAAUGUGAUGUCUGCGUUCACGGGAAAUACGGAGAAUUGUGUGAAAAAAACUGCGUAAA